UUCUCUGCUGAUUGCUGGCUGGCAAGAACGACUCGCGUCUUCUCAGUUUCAAUCAUUUGCACUAUUUUUAAUGGAGAACUUUUCAAAAGUGGAAAAAAUCGGGGAAGGAACUUAUGGAGUAGUUUACAAAGCAAGAGAUCGAAUCACUGGAAAAGAAAUAGCUUUAAAGAAAAUAAAACUGGAGAAUGAGCCCGAGGGCGUGCCGUCGACGGCGCUGCGGGAGAUCUCGGUGCUGCGCGAGCUGAAGCACCCAGCCGUGGUACGACUGUUGGAUGUGCUGCUGGUCGACUCCAAAUUGUUCCUCGUCUUUGAAUGCCUGCACAUGGACCUCAAACGUCUUAUGGAUCUCACCGGUGGACCUUUAGAUUUAGAUCUAGUUAAGAGCUACCUGCGGCAGCUGGCGGAGGGCGUGGCGUAC